AUGAAUGCUGAAGAUACCAUGACUGUGAGAAAGGGAAAAGAAGGGGAUGAUAAGAAGGCAGACAAGAAAAGGCCAGCCUUGACAACUAAAGAUGAAAAGGAAACUAAGUAUAAGAAACCCAUGGCCAACCAGAAUGAAAGGAUGUCUCGUUAUAAGAGUGUGGAGAGGUAUGCUUGGCCACCAAAGUUGAAGUCGGAUCUGACGAGAAGACCUCGUGAUAAGUACUGUAGGCUCUACAAAGACCAUGGGCACGCCACAGAGGAUUGCUUCGACCUUAAGGAUCAGAUUGAGAGUUUGAUCCGAAAGGGACACAUACGAAAGUUCACUGUAGGGAAUGACAAAACCGACACUAAUCCACCAAGAGCAGGUCGAGAUAACCGCCCCCCUGAUCAGCAACCAAUGGGAGAAAUCAGGCUCAUAGCCGGGGAAUGUGCAAGAGAUGAAGAUAUUAAGGACGUGCAACAACCCCAUGACAACCCUUUCGUUGUCACCAUGAUGAUCGCUAACUAUAGUAUUCGACGGAUCUUGGUUGAUAAUAGAAGUUCGGCUGAUAUCAUUUUCCUUGAUGUAUUUGACAAAAUAAAGAUUGGUAAGGAGAAACUCAGACCUACUAGGUCACCAUUGGUGGGAUUCUUGGUAGAUAAUGUCUAUCCUUUAGGAGCGGUCAUUCUUCCAGUCACUAUAGGAACCAGCCCAAAACAAGUUACUGUCAUGGUAGACUUCCUGGUGGUGGAUUGUCCAUCUGCUUAUAACAUCAUCCUAGGAAGGACGACUUUAAACUCGAUGAGGGCCAUCACUUCGACUUAUCACCUCUUGAUGCGCUUCCCCAUAGAACAUAGCGUAGGCGAACUAAGAGGAGACCAUACCACUGCUAGAGAAUGCUAUGUUACAUCUCUCAAAGAAAAGAAGCAACAAAAGGCCUUGAUUGUUGAAGAAAUUGAAGAAAAAGAGCGAGACCGAGCCAAACUAAUUAAGGACUUGGUGGAGAUAUGCCUAAAUGACAAUGACGUAACAAAAAAAGUGAGUAUAGGGUCUCUGCUCCCCUCAGAUCUCACGAAUGUUCUUGUAUAA